AGACAGCUGCAACAGCGAAGUGAAGUGACCGGAGAGUGGCGUCCUAACCUAACCUCACUUUUCGUUUGUAUAAUGAAUUUGUGAUAGGUAUUUGUAAAUAUAUAUUUAAUUGUAUAGCUCUUGCUAGUAAUUACUGUUCAAACGGAUAUAUCGAUUCCUAAAAAUGGAUCAAGAAAAGUUCAUCACUUAUUUCAGAAGUACUGUGUUGCUUUUGCUUCCACCAAAGUGCUAUGACGAAUUCUUUAUCAAUUAUAAUUUCCUUGAUGUACCAUGCCUUAAGGCAGCAGUCAGUAAAGGACUUGGACUCGCAAUUGUAGCAGGGUCGUUGAUGGUGAAGUUUCCUCAAAUCAUUAAAAUAUGGUCCAACAAAAGUGCAGCUGGUCUCAGUUUCCUGAGUGUGUUGUUGGACUUGUAUGCUGUCACGACAGGUGUUGCAUACUCCUAUGCCAAGGGCUUCACUUUCAGUGCAUGGGGGGACUCCCUGUUCCUGCUGAUCCAGACGUUGGUGAUUGCUGUGUUGGUAUUACACUACAACUACUCCACUAACCUGGCCUCAGCGUUCUUGGCUGUGUUCUCUGUGACACUGUACACUCUUCUCAGUGGGCUCACUCCUAUAGACUUCCUGUGGACAUUGCAGGCCGCCAGUGUGCCCAUCAUGUUCGCCGGAAAGAUGGUACAAGCUUACACAAACUAUAGUAAUGGUGGGACGGGUCAGUUGUCUGCGAUGACAUGUGUGAUGCUGCUACUUGGCACGACAGCACGCAUCUUCACAUCAGUGCAGGAGACAGGAGACACUGUGAUCAUCACUAUAUAUGCCCUUGCCACUCUCGGCAAUGCCAUCCUGGUUGGCCAGUUUGUUUACUAUGGCUACACGACGACACCGGUCACUAAGGGCAGCAAGAAGGCAAAAAAAAACACGGUGAAAAAAACCCAGUAAAAAUGUCAACCUUGAAAUUAUGUUGAAGUGAUCAUCAGCCAACCCACCGACUCAUCAACUUUUCUCCAUCAUUGUGGCUUAUGGAAACCAUUACCAUUUUGAGUCAUCCAUUUUAUGUAGUCUAUUCAAAACAGAGUGCUGAAAUAGUGUUAUAUUAACAAAUUUAACAAUUAGCCUUUUGAUUGUAGUAGCCACUGCACUGUUCAUACUUUUCAGUUUUAAUUAUAAUUUUUAAUUGAGCACCUACAGUUUGAGAAAUGAGGCUGUGAUUGUAACGUAUAAUGAAUGCUUCUUUAGAGUAUUUAACAAUUAUAAUGGUAGAUUGAGUCUACAGUCUUGGAAUUUGGUGCCCAAAUAUAGCCAGCUACCUGUGCACCCGGACAACAUAGAAGGCUCACUGCAGUAGAAAACUGUGAAGUACCGAUUUUUUCACAAACAAAUUGUCACGCGGAGAGCACACAUCGGAUGUUCCAUGUUGUAGCAAAUGAACCGAUGAUUUAGAGCAGACUAGCAGUGCAGAUUCCAUGUGCACUCAGCUAAAUGCCUAUAAACUUAUAGGAUUUAUUACUAUUUAUUUUUAAACUUUGUAAUUUCUAUAAAUACUCAAAAAGGUACGAGCCUUAAUUCUACUAAUUAUACAGAAAAGUGUAAUGCUACACAAUAUUGUUGAAUGUAAUUUUUGGAAAUGUUAAAAUAUUUUCAACUCUUUUGUAUAAAAAAUGUAAGUGUAACUCUCUUAAAGAAAAUCUAAAAAAUAUAUUUUUCCUUAUAUUUUAUUGUACUAUGUUUGAACUAUAGAUUUAUUUAUUGUGCGUUGGAAUUUUAUGGUGCGUUGACCAAAAAAUAUAAUACGAUUCUUUUGAAACUUAGAGAUAGGCUGACCACAAAAAGUAACUUCUGUAACUAUUGGUAAAUUACAGAUUUGAGAAUUUUUCAUAUAAAUAUCAUUUAGUUGUAAAAGUUUACUCUGAAACUUUGUUUAUCAUGAUUUAUAUUUCAGGUACGUUCUUAACCAUAUAGUUCCGUGAUAAUAUUCCAUAUGAAUGUAUAGUUAGAUAUCCGUGUGAAAAGAAAUGUAGUAAGGUAAAUUAUAGUGACCUUUAUGUGAAUAUUGACAUUAUUCUAAUAAUUUUUUAAUAACUGUUUGGUCUCAUUGUUAUCAUGUUUUAUUCAGUAGUGUAUUGUAGAUUGACCAUUCCAAUUUAUUAUGAAUUAACACAACUUAAAAAACAUUUAUAAUGUAAAAAGUAUGUUAAGGUCUCUUUUGUUAACCUUACAUGUUUUCGAUUGCUUUAAUUUGUUUUUUUAUUUCAGUUUUUUAUAUGCUGUUUGGCAUACAUUUUUAAUAAAGCUAGUAUAUAUAACCACAACUGUAUUUCGUUUUUAUAAAUCAUUGCGUGAUUAAAAUUUUAUUAGCAGUUUCUUUGUUUUAAAACAUAAUAAGAAUAUUUCAAAAUUCCAUUGUUUAUUGCAUUAAAUGUUAAAUGGAUAAAAUGGCUUAGGUAUUCCAAAAUAUCUAAAGUAUCUUACAUUUAAGAUUUUAUAGUUUAAAUGUACUAUAGUGUAAUUUAAUGUAAAAUUAAAUGUACUAUAAAUAUUGUAAUUUAAGAUGUACUAAUUUAAAUUUGAACAUAAGCCUAUUCCCCAUUUUAAAAGUAAGAUUUUGUAUUGUCUCUUUUUAAGAAUUGCAACGUAUCAUUAAUUAGUUCAUGUGAGAGUCUAUGGCCACGCAGUGUAACACAUUGGGUGUUGGUUCUGAGUUACAAUUUUAUAACAUCCCUUUGAUAACAUCUUUCCACAGGCUCAUUAGGUCAAGUAGAAUAAAGCUAAAAGAGGAUGACUCUCUUUUUUCCCUAUGAAAAAUCUGUUUCCUAUGAAACCUUUUUAGAAAAAAAAACUCUAAAAUUAACCAUGGCCAACCAAGUGUUUUUUUUUAUUACAACUUAUUGUUUUGAGUUGCAAGUCUGUUUUCUCUUGGUAUAAUACUCCCUUGUUACUUCUCUUUUUUCCAAAAUUUGUUUGGUAGUAAGUAGUGUAUUGUGAGUAUCUGCACUGCGUGUUUUGAAACGUACUCAGGAAAAGUGUGUUUCACCUCAGUUUAUCAUUAGGCAAAUGAUUUUCAGUUAUAAAUUCACGUCCCUGUAGUAGAAAAGAACAAAGAGUUAGGAUAAUUUAAAAUAUUUUUUAAUUUGUCUUACACUGUUUCACCCCUCUUUCUCCCUCCCCUCCACAAGAUGUUGGCAGCACAGCAAUGCCAGACACAGCAACAUAUUUAUUUAUUUUGAUGUAUUGUUACAUAGUGAUGACCAACUCUUUUCAAAACAUCGAUAUAUUGGUUAUUUAAUACAUUGGAAGCUACAUUUCGCUGUCUACAAAUAUUGGAUAUGAUAUAUUGGAUUUUCAACACAUCACGUAAAAUCCAAUAGAUUUUGUGAUAGGGUAGAAGUUGUUAUUGAAUUGCAAGUUUUAUCUGUUUAACAACGUAACAGUGAAAAUUAAAUGCAAAAGAAAAUAACUUACAAUAAAGAAAGGUACAGUAAGAAAUCUUUAAUUUAUUGCCAUUGAGCAAUAUUUAAAAUUAUAAAAUUAAACACUGGGCCAGUGAUAACUGUUUAAAACUUGAACAAAGGUACUUAUAAUAUUAAGUUUUAGAAGUUUUUGGAUAUCAAAAUUAAACACUAUCAAUAAAUAGUCCAUCUACUGUCUUUAGAAGUGGACUAUAUUAUUUAUACAAAACAGAUCAAGUAUUACUAAAACAUAAAUAUGCCUUUUAUUAUAUGUAACGUAAUAAUAAAUGUAUACAUUAUAUUAGAACAAUUUAGAGCUGUCUAUUUCCAAUACUUCUCUGGGAGACCGUUACAAAAGAGAAGUUUUGACAAGUUUUCAACUGAGUCUGUUUUUUUUUUUUCGGUAACAGUGUUUCCAACUUUUGACAACAGCUGUUCAAACGCAUUAAAUGGGACAGUAGUUACGUUGAAAAAUAGAACUUGUUGAACUUCAAUAUUUCAAUACAAUGGAAAUGUAUUGUAUUUUUUAUGAUUAAAACGUUUUUUACCAAUACCAAUACAUCGGAAACAAAAUAUCAAUAUAUUAUUGCCAUCCGUAAUUGUAGUACAUAAGUUUGAAUUAAAUUAAUUAAAAAGUUAUGCAAUAACAAAACCCAUUGCAAGAGCAGCUACUUUUUUGAAACUUGAAACUAAAAUAGUAUACAUAUGUUACAAUAUUUCACUCAUUUAGCUUUCAAUAACUUGUCAAGUUUUAAAGUAAGGAUGCUUUGAAAUUUGAAAAUAUCUAGUCAACUGUCGUUUUAAGUAUCAAGUAAAAUAGUUCCUUUCAGCAAGCUUGAUGAUUUUAAAUAACCAUUCCUGUAGUAAACUAACAUAAAAUAUUUGUUGUUUUAAAAAAGGUUUAAAGACCAAUCGUGCAUUUUCUUUGUGUUUGAAAUUGAAUGGGAAUGGGGGUAAAAUCUCUUUGAAUUUACAAAUUGCUAUUAGCCUAAGCGUUUUGUGUGACAUGAGCUUAUAAUCAAGAAACAACUUAAUGAGAAGUGUGUUGUUCUGAGACUGUGCUAUGAUUGUAAUUUUUUCUUGUAUCUCCAUCCUUUUAAAAAAAUAAAAUUUUAUUUUUACAAUGGUAAUGAGUUUUUGAAUUAACUUUAGUUUACUGAGUGUGUUUUGAAUUGUUUUUAAUCUGUCCAGGUACUGUUAACAUAAAGUAUCAAUAUAAUAUUUUACUCAAUGGACUUUUGGGAGGAGAAUGCUCAUAAUAUAUUCAUCAUAAAUGGAGUCAUUAAGAA